ACAAAGCGUUUAGUCGUUAGCUCGUUAGCUCCGUUAGAACUCUCGAGCUCUGCCCUUGACUGACCCACGUGAGUCAGUCUAGCUUCCUAUAGCCCCAUGCUAAGCCAGUAGCUUAACCAACUAGCUAAAUUAAGAGGGAAACUGACUUAAAACGACUUGUUUUAUCUCCUUAUUUCACGCUAAAAGACCGGACCUGACACCCUGCUAGGCUAGGCGAACAUGUCGCGCAACAGUAAAUCUCUGUUGUCUCUACUGCAGCGGUGUGUCGCAGUCAGACAAGUAACUUUACAGACAGGUAUUAAAACAAGAUGCAGCAGCGUGUUCUCGGGCAGGUGCGUGUUCACUCAGGAGCCGACAUGGACACCAACAACCCGGGCAGUCUGUCAGCUGCAGUCCGCAGUGAGAAGUAGCCAGUACCGCUUCUGUACCAAGGCAGGAGCACCUUGUGAGGACGACUACCCGCCGCUGCCGGUCUACCCGACUGAUCCAGAACCAGAGAAGAAGGAGGUGUACAUCAUGCAGGUGAAGGGUCUCCCCUGGUCCUGCUCGGCUCAGGACCUCCUGCAGUUCUUCUCAGAGUGUAGGAUACGUGACGGGGUGAAGGGGAUCCAUCUCACCGUGGACCGGGUGGGGAGGCCGUCGGGACAAGCCUUCAUCGAGAUGGAGCACGAGGAGGACGUCAGCAAAGCUCUGGAGAAGCACCGGCAGUACCUCGGCCCGCGAUACGUGGAAGUGUAUGAAGUGACGAACAGCGACGCGGAAACCAUCCUGAAGAAAGCCGUCCAGGCUCCAGCUGAGAGCAGCGUGGUGCGUCUCAGAGGUCUCCCCUUCUCCUGCACCGAGGACGACAUCGGACAGUUUUUCUCGGGUUUGGACAUCAUGGAGAAUGGGAUCACCAUCGUCACGGACCGCAAAGGAAGAAACUCUGGAGAGGCCUUUGUGCAGUUUUCCUCCCAAGAAGCAGCUGACAAAGCUCUGCAGAGAGACAGAGAUGUUAUCGGAAACAGAUACAUCGAGGUGUUUCCCAGCAGAAGGGAGCAGAUUUAUUCAAGCUGGAUGAAGAAGACGAGUUCAGCUUCUCCUCACGCCGGCCCUCAGUCAGCAAACAGGACUGCCUUUGCCUCACAGAACAAAACUGGAUCCGCUCAGAGCUCGGCUCUGCUGCGCCACUACAUCCACAUGAGAGGACUUCCCUUCCAGUCGUCCGGAGAAGACAUUGUUAAGUUCUUCUCUCCUCUAGCUGUGUCUAAGAUCCUGAUUGAAUGCGGUUCUGAAGGGAGGCCGAGCGGAGAGGCCGAAGUUUACUUCAGUUGCCACCAGGACGCCUUGACCGCCAUGUCCAGAGACAGGAUGUACAUAGGAGAAAGAUACAUCGAGUUAUUCCUGAACUCUGACCCAGAAUCUGACAGGAGGUGAACACACACGCAGGACGAUUGUAUUUAUUUUCCAGCCUGACUUGGACAUCGAACAAUAAACAUUCUGGUGUCAAAAGACAAACUUCAUCGCCUUCACUGUCUCUAUCCAACAAGAGGGAGUUCAUUACAGUCCGAGAUCGACGUAAACAACUUAUAAUAAAGAGCAUUCCACUGAGUCAUUGUAGUGAAGAUGACAAACAUUAAAAUAUGGAACAAAAUGCUGUUUACUUGUUUGUUUCGACACCUAGAAGAGAGAAAUCAUCAGAUAAUGUGAAGCUGAGCGGUACAGCAGAGUCAUGACAUGUCUCAGAACAUUUAUUUAUUAUUUCCACAUAUUAGUCUGAGGAUUUAAUUCUGUAAAUCAAAAGAGCAGUUUUGGAAAACUGUUGAAUGUGUCGUUAAUUCUAUUUCUCAUAAUCAAACGUGCAUAUAGCCAUUUAUUUACUUAUGUUGUACCAGCUGGAGUUGGCCAAUCAAAUCACUUCAAAAUGAAGAGGUUUUAAUUGUCUUUUCUCUUAAGAAGUAUUCAAUAAACUAAUAAGUUAUGCUACAAAAUUAGCUUUGAAAGUGAGUGGUGUGUUUUUAUGAAAUAUAGAAAGGUUAAUUAAAGAGGGGAUGCAUCUUUAAAACACUUAACUAUCCACUUAUGAGUAUUUUCUCUAACGAGCAAAAUAAGUUUAACAGAAUAAACAAAUCACAUCCUUCACAAUAUAAAAAAGUCCUUUUAGUUCAGAGGAGCUGAGGAUUAUCUGUGAAACAUGUUAAAAUAAUCCAGAGUCACACACCAGUAACAUUUAAUAAAAGUUUAUUGUUGAUCUAAGAAGCAUUUCCAUCUGGCGGGUUAAUUAGCUUCAACAAGAACGACUAAGCUGGAUUUACUGAGCGUCUAACUAUUCUUCAUAUGAAUCAACACAACAUAAAAUCAGCUGUUAUAAAGAUGCACGGAGCGUCCACUGCAAGCCAGUCAGGCGGAGAGCCAUGCAUUUAAAAGUGCCGUAAUAUGAUGAGACUAGAAUCUAAAUAUCUCAAUGUUUAGAAUUUAGUCCGAGUCUGAUGUGACAGCUACAGUAGCCACAUUAUUUUACCCAGAAUACUCCGCUUUGUAAACUUGAAGGAACAGGCUGAUAUUUUGGGACAUUUGCAGAGAUCUAGAUCACUUUCAUAUUGAGAGUGGAUUCAAUCUAACUCAACAAGACCGAGACUAAGACUAGAUGAACUCUAGCAGUCUGGGAUCACAAUGUGAUUUAUCUUGAAUACUUUUCUGCUCUUAACUUCUGCAUUUACAGUUUUACAAUCUUCAUAACUCAUGACACUGAGUGCAUCUCUAAUGUAUAUUUAUCAUUGUUUACUUAGAGUAUAAAAUGCUUUCUGACCGCACACGUCUUCCACAAAAUGCUAACAUGUUUAAUAUCAUAGUAUGAUAUAAUAUUUGGUCAGAGAGUAUUUGGGAUAAUUGAUGUUUGUCAGCAUCAGAGGCCACUUUGAGAAAGAGUGAUAAUUCAUGCUUCACCCGAGUGAAACAGUUCAUCACAUAUACGGAUCUAUAUAUGAUUAAUAGCUGCGUUAUAGUGAAACACAGGUGUCCAUUUUUUUCCUUUUUCAUCUUUUAAAACUAAAUUAUUUAAAAUAUAUAAUGUCAGUUGACCCUUUUAAUCAAUAAUCCACUUAGUGGACAUCGUGGAAAGUCAGUUUCUCUUUUUUUAAACGCAUGAGAGGAUUCCAGUUGUUUUUUUUACAGCUUUUUAAAUGCAGGUUUUCACGAAAGCAGCUAAACAUUUUCAGCCAGAAAGAAAGAAUUAUGGCGACACCAGCGCAUGAAAACCUGCAUCCAGACGGCUCUCAGUGGCAAAUGUCUUUACAUCACUAACCUAAAGUAACUGAAAGAAGUUCAGGACUCCAUCGGGUCUUUCAUAACGCCUC